CGCCCACUCACUUGUCCCCGAACCACGACCCCCCCGACCACCCUCACAGCACUCUGCGCGACGCCGAACCAUAGUCUUCAACGUCUCCUCCACCGCCCAAAGCUAUGAGUGGCAUCCUUUCUUCCUUCGCUGUCCAAUUUUCCUGCAAGCAAUAAAAUCGGCCUGAGUGCGUUGUGGUGGUUAUUUUGGCCCUCGUUGCGAAGCAUGCCACAAUGCGGACCUCAUGCCUAUCGAUGAGCCAGGAUGAGAUGCCCCAGAGCGAAAGCGCCAACCCCCCCGAAACCGCCCAUCCCUCCCAACAACCGUCCCAGAACACACAUGGGGCGUCGAUCGACGCCACCCAAGGCAAACGCCAGAACCUGCAGACCCUCGAGGAAUUACGGCAGAAGAUGAAGGAUAGAUUCGUCCACCAGCACAGUCAGGUUAAGGAAUAUCUUGGCGAAUUGUCGCUGACAAGCCCUGAUAUUGGAUACUCCCGUCAAGUCUUGCGGGAAAUGAGAUCGACUCCUUCCACGCCGUUGAGGCCCCCAACCUCUCCUCAAGUGAAAUCUACGACCAACUCGCAUAAAAGGGCAUCUUCUCAGGAUAUGGACUCGUCGUAUCCGUUUCCAUCGACGAUAUCUCAAAAGACACCUCUGGAACACGUCACAAGAUCUCGAGAAGAUCAUCGCAUGUUUAAUCCGAGGUCCACUCGUGGUUCCCUCAAGAAAAAGCUUGGCAAACAACCUGAUGCGCGUAGCACGCCGGAGAGAACAUAUUAUGCACCACCGAAACGCGAAUUUUUACCAUCCGAUGCUGCCAAUGUUAUGGAAGAUCCAACGUAUCCGAGUCCGAAUUUGUAUGACCUCGCGUUAUAUUUGAACGGGGAUGCAGGACUGGAAGGUUGGUGGUCAAAUGUGUCCCAAAUCCUACGUCGGCACUACGGCGCAGAAAGAGCUAGCCUUGCAGUGCCUGGUGAUGUCACGGACCUAGAAAAUGUGCCAUGGGGGCAGAAGGCUACAUACAGCUUAUACGCAAAGCGGUCGAUGGGCAGAAAAAGAGAUUGGUCGGAAGUUAACCCCGAAAAACCACGUUAUGAAACCACCAGUCCCAUCGGCACUAAAAAGUCCGAGUCCAUUGGGAACCCAAACUUACAUCUUCUCUCAAAACGGCCACAGUUGACAGCUCGUCAUUCUUUCGCUGGCCAUGGAACUCUUCGAAAUGAUGGCACCCGGUGUGAAACAGAAUCCAGGACUGCAAAUCCAAGACCUGGUGCUGCAACACGGAGAAAGAGCGAGUCUGGAACAUCGGAGAGGCCUACAAGAGGAGUUUUGAAUCGGGCAAAACUUGAGGAGGAUUCCUCAACGUCUAGCAACAAUCGGGUUGAUUUCAGUGAUGAAUCGGCCCAAACUAAUAUUUCUAACCCAGUUGCGGCCGUAUUUCAAGUACCGCGCUCCCUGGAAUUGGAGCCAAACUCGUUGAUUAAGCGGACUGGGAUUGCGAAGCUUUUUGGUCGAGCGAAGCCAGCCGUUCUAACGAGGCAAUAUGCCGAAGACCCAUCCUCAGCUCAAACCAUAACUUCGGCACAUCGUCAUAAAGACGUGGUCCAAACAACUCCCCGUGAGGAGCAUCCUUCGAAGAUGGUUUCAAGCCAGCGUCACUCCCAGAGCCGUCCCGGGAUGAUGAGAGCGCCUUUAUCAAUUCUCGGCGAAGAGGUCGAGUCUGAAUAUGUCUCUGCUUUAGAAGCAUAUGAGGAAUAUGAACAAGUUCCCCCUUCUCCAUGGUCGCAAUCUCCUGCACCAUCUCCAGCCCCCCUGGCAAAACCGGAUGAGAACCCGUUCUUCACCAAUCCCGAAGUAGACGAAGAUACCUUCGCUUCGAGUCCACCGCCUCACGACUAUUCCGAGACCCAGCCUUUACAGGCCAUUGGUGUUGACUCGUCAAAAACGGUGAUUCAUAUACCACUACUGUAUUCCCCCCCUUCGAAACCACCCGACCCGACGACGUUGCGAUUUCCUGUUGCUAUCAUUUCCCUCCUAGCUCCCAUCGUUCCCUACCCGUCAAAUCUACGAGUUUCUCUAGCAUAUCUUAUGCCCCACCUUACCACUUCGUUUUGCCUAGCACAGAAAUACAGUCAGUUGGAGAAGCAGUUGUCAAACUCAUCUGUUGGAAGGUAUAGUCAGCUUCUAGGGCUUGGCGGCACCUUUUCCGAUGAAGGAAGUGAACUGGAACUCGUUGCAGGGUUGACGGGCCAAGUCAAUCCGCAGGGAGAGAACGCCUCUGCUGGUCGUUCUUCUAUUUCAAGCCCUGCUGUUGCAUCACACUUGCUGCGAUCUGCCUCUGACUUUUCGACAUCUGCUUUGGAUCUUCCGAGUGGUGGAUUACGAAAAGACAUUUUCUUGAGUCCUAGACCAUUGACACAAACCGGAGUAGAAUCGACGGAUAGCUACUUCAAGUCAAAGCGGCCCGGUCUCAUCCGGAAUCAGCAUUCUAAAUGCUCACGCGAUUCGAAACCCGGAGAAACCCCAUCGAGCCCAUCCAGCCCUGCCCUACAGCAAGAAGGGGGAUCAGGAUAUGACGAGCUCACCCCGAGGGAUACUUCAUCUAUCUCAGAUCCUUCACAGGCGUACGGGAUGCCAUUUUCUCGCCACUCUUCCUCUACAUCCAUUGCCACCCAGCUACAUCGUGAUCUCCAAUCCCGUCCUUUCUCGGAUACAAUAGCGCAGCUGAUACUUAACUCCGUUCCCCUACACCUGUUUCUUGCUAAGUCCCCUACCGGCGAGGUGAUUUGGACAAAUACAAAGUUCGAUACGUACAGAAGAUACCCUCAAGGGCCACGAAUAAAAGAUCCGUUUCAAAAUGUUCACAGCAGUGAAUAUAACAAUGUGAUAACCGAAUGGACCAAAGCCCUGCGAACGGGAUCUCAAUUCACUGAACGGGUUCGAGUAAGACGCUUGAAUGACGAAACAUCUUAUCGCUGGUUCAUCUUCAGGGCCAACCCCUUAAUAUCCUCUACCGGAGAACUUCUCUACUGGAUCGGCUCAUUCCUUGACGUUCAUGAGCAGCACAUCGCCGAGCUGAAGACUGCACUAGAAAGAGAAACGUUUGCCACUGAUGCAAAAUACAGAGCUCUGGCCAAUUCAAUACCCCAGGUUGUAUUCGAAGCUGCUGAGUAUCGAGGUCUUAUCUCAGCCAAUCAACAGUGGGAGCUGUACACAGGCCAGACUCUCGAAGAGGCUAAGAAUUUGGGCUUUGCGAAGUAUAUCCAUCGGGAUGAUCUUAAAAAAUGCGGCAUUAUUACUCCACCUCAAGUUAUUCCCGAGUUUACCAGUGCCACUGAAUUUGGCCGAAUUCUGUCAGAUGCUCAUAUGUCUCAGCCGCCUAAGCCAGAGCGAUCAUCAGAAGAUUCUACUUCAUCACCUAGGGCCCAAGUUCACGGUGGUAAUCUGUCGAGUGAAGGAUCUCGCUUCAGUCGGGGCGUGACUGAAGCACUUCAAGACCUAGUUCAAAAAGGUGUUGUUACAAUACAAUGUGAUGAAAAUGGGCGCCAUUCAUAUUCUACUGAAAUCCGAUUCCGGUCGAGGAAGGGAGACUUCCGCUGGCACCUCGUAAGGCUUGUCAAGGUCGAAACAACCGAUUUUGGAAACGGGGAGGCGUCAUGGUACGGCACAUGCACCGACAUAAAUGAUCGGAAGAUACUCGAAAAGGAGUUAAACAUGGCAAUGCAGAAGUUGAAUCGUGAGAUGGAGUCAAAAACUAAGUUCUUUACAAAUAUGUCCCAUGAGAUCCGAACACCGCUGAAUGGAAUUCUGGGCACAAUACCAUUCAUUCUUGACACGAAUCUGGAUUCUGACCAGCGACGCAUGCUUGAGACGAUCCAAAACAGUUCGACCAACCUACGCGAACUUGUGGAUAACAUAUUGGACGUGUCGAAGGUGGAAGCAGGAAAGAUGAAUAUUCUUCGGCAGUGGUUCCACGUCCGCUCUACGCUUGAAGAUUCUAUCGACACCAUUGCGUCGAGAGCUAUUGAUAAGGGCUUAGAGCUAAAUUAUGUCUUCGAGCCUGAUGUACCUUCAAUGGUUUUCGGGGACAGGUUCCGGAUCCGCCAGAUUCUUAUCAAUCUCAUUGGUAAUGCUGUCAAGUUCACCUCUCAAGGCGAAAUUUUUAUUCGCUGUUCGAUUCACCACGAUCCAGAGAGCAACCUUGAGAAGUCGGAGUUCCUGAUCAACUUCGAGGUGAUUGACACGGGCAAGGGUUUUAGUGCUAGGGAUGCUCAGCAAUUGAUGCAGAGAUUCAGCCAAAUUGAAAACGAUGACGCACCACAACAUGCAGGAAGUGGCCUAGGCCUCUUCUUAUCAAAACAAAUUGCCGAGAUGCAUGGCGGUCGUCUAACGCCGACAAGUAUGGAAGGCCGAGGCGCUAAGUUCUCUUUCUAUGUCAAAGUCAGUGCCGCUCCUACACAAGCACCUCAGACGUUAGAAUCUAUCGAAAAGAAAAUAUCUACUCGGGUUUCUGCAGACGCCGCUGUGGAAAGCUCGACGGCUAGUCAAAUCUCUUCCAGUGCGCAGUCAGAAAUCAGCCCCGAGUCAGCGAACUCGGGUAGCUUCCUUUCUACGCGUUCUGGAUCAGCUAGCACGCCUACAUCCGGUCUAUCCACCAGGCACAAACCAGUACAAUUCAGUUCUGCAGUACAUGAUGCAUACGCUGCAAAAAUGAAUAGUCAAGGUUCUCCAUUGGUGCCGGCUUCAAGGCCAGGAACGACUGAGGCGAAGAAGAGCGAUACCUCCGAAAGACCUCCGCACCCGUCGACCUAUUCUGUGUUGAUAAUAUGUCCAUUCGAUUAUGCGCGCGAGGCUAUUAAGCAACAUAUUGAACAGGUCGUCCCUCUCGAUGUUCCAGUUAACAUAACUUCAAUCCUUGACCUAGACGAUUGGAAAGAGCUGAUUAACAAUAACGAACGUCCUAUUUUUACUCACCUCGUGUUGAAUUUACCGGAUGUCGAUGACAUAAAAGAAAUUAUGCGGAAUGUGCUCCAAUUCGAAGCGGCUCGAUCGCCUACCGUCGUCAUUGCCGCAGAUGCAUACAUGAAACGUGGGCUAAGCGACUUUAUCUCAGAGUUUGUAUCUGCAGGGAGGAAAGGUUUCAUUCUGCCUAAACCGCUGAAACCUUCGACAUUCUCGGCAAUUUUUGAUCCUCUCAGCAAGCGUGAGCUCAGCAAGGAUAGGAAUCAAGCCACGGCUAGAGCGAUGGACGAUAGCUUCAAGACUAUGUCAAAGCUAGUCAAGGAGGUGAUCGGUAACAAGGGCCAUCGGGUUUUGCUUGUGGAAGAUGAUGAAACGAAUCGAGCUGUUAUGUUGAAAUAUCUAGAAAAAGUUAAACUCAGAUCUGAGGUUGCUGGAAAUGGCCAAGAGUGCAUCGAUAUGGUAUUCUCCAAAGAACCAGGAUAUUACUCACUCAUCAUUUGCGACAUUCAGAUGCCUGUCAAGGAUGGCUAUGAAACUUGUCGCGAAAUCCGGUCUUGGGAGGCAAAAAAUCAUUUCCCUCAAAUUCCUAUCAUGGCUCUUUCAGCAAAUGCCAUGACAGACCAAAUUGAUGAUGCUGCGCGUGCGGGAUUCAAUGACUAUGUCACAAAACCCAUUAAACACAACGAACUUGGUCAAAUGAUGAUGGCACUCCUUGAACCACAGGCUACCCGAAUUCUGCUUGAAGGUCGAAGGGGAUAAAGUCUGAUCAGUUCGCUGGCAAUUUCAAUUCCACUUUUACAAUCCAUCAACCUUAUUAUGUCUUUCUGGUUUGUUUUACUCUUGAUUCCUGGACACUUUUUUCAUUCUCUGUCUCUGGUGCAUUCAAUAGGUGUUGUGUGGUUUAGUAUAAACGAUGGGAGGCAUGGGUGACGGAAAUGGCAAAAGAGAAAACACGGCAUGCAAUGUGUACUCACUGGCGCAGGUCUGGUUCUCUCAUCAGGGUGGGCAGUUUGCUUUCUUCCGUCUACUUUUAACGUUGAUAUAUGCAGCGAAUACCCCCAACAUGCGAUGAGAAAUGCAUGGUUGCGGGUUUCUAUGAAUUUUCUUUUGCUGCAUUUUGUGCAUGAGCCUUUGGGCCUUAGACAUGACUGAUUCUGCAAGCAAUGGUUAAUAUAUCCCACCUGUUGAGUCCUGAUCUUUUGCUUUCACAAUUAGUUGCAGUCACUGGUUCUGUUCCUUGCUUUUCAUUAUUAUUUCAGUCACCUUUUUUUCCUUUUGAAAUUUCUGGUAUGAAUUGGUAUCUAUGAACAGUUUGUUCUCUUCUGAAAAUUAUGUAACUAUAGUAUUAUAUUUUUCAUCAACACAACAGCUCCCGGGAUGAA